AUGGAAGUUGAUCCAGAACUUUCAAUUGGAGGGCAUGCUUCCAGAGUCUCUAAGGUUGAACAACAUGAUGAACAGGAAUUGGCGGAGUUUGGAUACAAACAAGAGUUGAGAAGAGACUGGGGUCUGAUGGACAAGUUUGGGAUCUCUUUUAGUAUUAUCAAAAAGUCAUCGACCACUCUAAUUGUGUCAAGCACGAGUAAUACUUCAGAUCGUGGACUCAGUCAUCACUGGAAUUACGACACUAUUCUCCUACCCAUGGUCGAGAUCGAGGCUGCUGCACGUUUGGGAAUAAACCCUGAAGAGCCUGGUGCGUUGGAGAGAGCGGAAUUGGUUGGGAAGGUUGAUUUACAUAGCGGAUUGAAGAGCACAGAUUAG